AUGGUUAAGGUCCGCAUCGAUCUCCUCAGGGACGAUGGCCUGGCGGCAGCCCCAGAGGAGCCGGCACCCGUCAGGGCUGCCGACGAGGUCGAGACACCAAAAGCCCUCAAGAAACGCGGCGACGCCGCCUUCCGGCGCGGCGAGGCGGCGGCGGCCGCGCGACUCUGGACGCGAGCGGCCGCGGCCGGGCGGGACGACCGCCGGCUCGCCGUGGCGUGCCUCGCGAACACGGCACGCGCUCAGCUCGACCUGAGCCGCGCCACCGACGCACUGCGUGCGGCCGCGGAGGCGCUCGCGCUCGAUCCGGACCACGCGCGCGCGCGCUACUUCCGGGCGCGGGCCCUCCUGGCGCUGGGCCGUCGCGCCGACGCGGACGAGGCGAUCGCGUGGCUCGUGGCGAGAGAGCCCGGCAACCCGCGCGUGCUGGAGCUCGAGGCCGAGGCGGCGCGGGUCCCCGAGGCCGCGCCGGCCGAGGUCGACGUGCCUCGCGCCGACGGCGACGCGGCGCGGGCAAAAGCCGCCGCGCCGGCCGCCGCGCCGACGGAUCCCACGGUCCGCGCGAGGGCCGCCGCUCGGCCCGCAUUCGCCACCACCUGGACGGCUAUGGCCGCGCGCGAGGCCUACGCGCCGCCCGCCUCCCGCUUCAACGUCGACGCGCCGAAGGCGCCGCCGCCGGCCGCCCGGGCGGACCCUGCGGCGGCCGAGGUCGCGCGCCUGCGGGCCGCGCGGCGGCCGGAGGCCUCGACGGACGGCGCGCCCCGGUCCGUGCACGCGAUCCUCGCGGAAAAGCGCAAGGCGCGCCGCGCCGCGCGGGCAGCGCCCGCCCCGGCGAGCGCGGCGCCCGCCACUGCCUGGACGGCGAUGGCCGCCGCCGAGGCCGCGGAGGUCGCGAAUGCCAUUACGCGCCGGCCCGCGGGCGCCCCGCCGAAGAGCGACCGCAAGGACCGCGGCCCGAGCGGCGUCGAGCCGAUGAACGCGGGACCGCAAGUCGCGGAGGCCUGGAUGUCCCUGGAAACGGACGAGUCCGCGAAGCAAGCGAUCGCAGCGUGUCGGAACGACGCCGGCGCGACCGAAGGCGACGCGACGGCGCGGCGCAAGGCCAGGCAGGUGCUCCAGGAGGCGCGCGCCCGGAAGAAGAGCGGGGUCGUGCGGGCGCCCGUUGCCGACUCCUCCCUCGCGGAGCUAGAGGAUGAACACCGCGAGCGGCUCGAGGAGUACCGGCGCCGCAAGGAGGCGCUCGCGGCGACGCGGGCGAAGCUCUCCACGAAGAAGGGCGGUUCCAAAGUUUAAGUUCAAGUUUUGUGA